GCUAACAUGUUAACUAUUUCUAAUUCUGUGUGGGUUAGCUUACCAGCUUGUAGAUUCUCAAGAUAACAGUGUUAUUUAACCAUGGAAUUCAUGUCACCUGUCACAGUGAGAAUAGCCUAUAUGUAUUUUGUUAAUUCAGUGUUAGCCUAUUAUUUACUACAACCUUUCCUGAUUCGACUGUUUGUCAGACCUGCUUCAUACGUGUCUUGAUAUACAAAAAGGUGGUUUGGUUCUGAAGAAGCAGAAUAAGCAGCUUGAGGAAAUCUACAGCCCGGCUCGGUGCGGCCAAAAAGCCCAGAACUGGGAGAGCUGCCUUCAAACGCGCCGAAUGACGUCGAAUAUAUAUAUUUUGUGAUUGGCUCAGUCAUCAUUCAGCGACGAGAUGGACUAAAUGCGCCAUGUUUAUAUACCGCUGUUGUUUUCGGUCAUCUUCAGUUAUAACAUAGCCCGUCUAUUUUAAAAUUCUGUGGUUAUAGCAAAGAAGGUAGGUACAAGAAGGUAUGGCAGCGACUUAUUGGUCUCCCACAGAAACGCAAGCCCUGCUUGCUGUCUGGAGUGAUAAGGCUGUACAGGACGACCUGGAUGGGGCUACACGGAACGAACGAGUGUUCCGAGACAUCUCGUCCAAGUUGGAGGAGAUGGGCAUCAGCCGCAGCUACAAACAGUGUAGAGAAAAAAUAAAAAAACUCAAGGCUCAAUACAAAAACAUUGUGGACCACAACAGAAGCGGGUCGAACAGGACUAAAUUCCGGUGGUUCGACAUGAUGGACGCGGUUUUGGGAGGGAAGUCCCCAACCACUGGAGGACGAAGAAUCGAGUCUGACAAUGUCCUACCGUUGUUCGAGACAGUGGUGCAAGAGGAACAAGCUGGCCCCGGUAGCAGCUGCCGGAGAACCUCACCACACUCACACAAGGCAGUCGGGGCUGAGGUUACAUGUACCAUCAUACCAUCACCAAACGAUCUGCCGCCCGAGGAGUCACUGUGUUUGCCACCCCUACGCUGCUCCACGCCUCAGCACAGGUCGCACAAUGUUCCCCUAUCCUCCCUGCGCCUCUGUGUCCCACCACUGCGGCUGCUUUCAGCGUUCAUGUGGCAGGUGGCAGAACAGCGCCGAGUCAAAUACUACAACAGGCUGGAGGAGUUUGUCUCCGUUGUUUUGGAGAUGGUCCCAGACCUACUGAGUGCUAAGGAAAGGGCUGAACUACUCCUUGGCCUGAGAGCAAGGUUCAUUCUGGAAUUAUGCCGGGAUACGCCAUCAGUGAAACUCAAUAUAAUGCAGCCACACCUGGACCGACUCCGUAUGAUUGCUGAAACUGCCUCCAUUGAUAGGAGUGGAGAUCCAAUGGUAGAUGUUGCUGUGAGAAACUUUGUGGAUCUAAUCCAAAUCAUCCUGAAGAGUCCUCAAGAGAAGAAGCGUUACUUCCAGGACAUCUACCCAUUGCAUUAUGGUGCCAAAUAUGACACAGCACUGCAGUCACUUGUGUGGGAAUUCCUGUGCAGACUGGAAGAACUACUACCGGUGCCUAGCUUCCAUCAGGCAGCUUCUUGGUUUGACGAAGACCCCUUACACUUGGAGGAUUCCCUACAAAUGGAACCAAAAAAAGUUCAGAAUUUGUUGCAAUAUGUCAAAACCUUUGGACACUUGGACCCAGGAUCUUCAUCGUCACCCAUCACGCCAAACACUAUUCUCUCCACAAUGUCUGUCUCCAUGACUCCAUUACUUAGACCCCAUGAACAAACUGACUCUGAGAAACGAGUAUCAACAUCCCAUGAAACCCAGAUUUCAGUGAAUAAAGGAGACAGACAUGGAGAUAUGGAUGAAGACAUGGAUGGAUGGAUGAUGGAUGAUGAAGACAGAGGUGGAGAUGUGGAUGAAGACAUUCAGAAAUAUUUGAAUGAUGAAGAUCCACGGCGAGACAUGGAUGAGAAACAUUUGAAGGAACAGAAGGUGGAGAAACCUGAACUUAAUGGUUACAGGAGUGAGAGUCAGGAGAGCACUGACAACAGCAGGAGUGAGAAGGGGGCCCCAAGAUCCAGUCGAAGUGGGCCUGGGGUAUCUCCACCACGCAGCAGCCCACUCGAGACGGCCUCUAAGAGAAUCAGCACAGCCGUUUCCUCUGCAAGUGAGCCACUAGAGCAUGUAUGCUCUGAAUGUGGCAAAGCCUUCUUUUCAAAACCAGGUCUGAUUGGACACAAACAAUCCCAUACCAAAGAGAAGCGUCAUGUCACAGUCAUUCAUGCGAAUGAGAAGAGUCACUCGUGUACUGUGUGUGGAAUUGAGUUUGAAACCAAAUUUGAUCUAAAAAAGCAUCACACCGUUCACACAGAGCAGCGGCCCCACCUUUGCUCUUAUUGUGGUAAGACAUUUAGGUGUCGGAACACAUUGGUGUGCCACGUACGUGUGCACACAGGGGAACGACCCUAUGGCUGCUCCGUUUGUGGAAAGAGAUUCAUCCAGUGCUCAGAUUUGGCAGCUCAUAAGCGAUUGCACACUGGUGAGAGACCCUACCUGUGUUCUGUUUGUGGCAAAGGUUUUGCUACCUCAGGGGCUUUGAUAGUUCAUACAAGACUUCAUACUGGAGAACGCCCAUACAAGUGUGAAAUCUGUGGGAAAAGCUAUCUGCAAUUGUGCAAUCUGGUUGUACAUAAGAGAUAUCACACAAAGGAGAGGCCGUAUCCGUGUACAGUGUGUGAUAAACGAUUUAGCACACGUAACCAGUUGACAAGACAUAUGAGAACACAUACGGGGGAAAAACCCUAUGAAUGUCUUUUGUGUGGAAAGAGAUUUUCAGCUGCAACACCUAUGAAAAUACAUCAGCGUGUACAUAGGUAAGCUGUCAGACACAACAGAAUUUUCUGUAACGGUGACCAAGUCACUGUUGUUGGGUUAUGACAAAGGUGUCCAACAAAGUACCCCUUAUGAGAUGGUUAGAUAAAAAGCUUAUCCCAACAAACUUUUGGAGGGAUUCUGAAGUUGACACCAAGUCAGUAAAAGAACAAAUACGAGUAUUCCUGUAAUGAGGACCCUGCAAAAACGAUAAAGCCAGAGAUAAGCAAGCACUUUAAUUUUUUAAUUAUUAUUUCAUAUUAGUUCAUAUUCAGUCAUGGGAAAUUACGAUGGAGCACAUGGAGUGCAUGUUCCAUACUUCAUUCCAGCCUCUUUCUCACCUAUUCAAAUAAUGAUUUCCCUAAUGGACCAAUUUCAGUUCUUGAAAUGAUAGUUCUGUACAAUCCUCCACAAAGUAUGCCUCAUCUUUAAUGCAUAAAGCAGUGGUAAAUAUACAGCGGGUAAAAUAAGUAUUGAACACGUCACCAUUUUUCUCAGUAAAUAUAUUUCCAAAGGUGCUAUUGACAUGAAAUUUUCACCAGAUGUUAGUAACAACCCGAAUAAUCCAUACAUACAAAGAAACCAACAAAUACAUUCAGAAAUUAAUUUAUGUGUAUUAAUGUGAAAUAACACAGGGAAAAAGUAUUGAACACAUGGAAAAGGGAGGUGCAAAAAGACAUGGAAAGCCAAGAAAACAGCUGAAAUCUAUCAGUAAUUAGAAAGCUAUCCGGCCCUUUGUCAGUGCAAAUUAAUAUCCCAAUUGAUGGCCUAUAAAAAGGUGUCUCAUUACCAAGGUGUCACACAAGAAACAUCUCAUGAUGGGUAAAAGCAAAGAGCUCUCUCAAGACCUUCGCAACCUUAUUGUUGCAAAACAUACUGAUGGCAUUGGUUGCUAGAAUGGCCCAGCCAAUCACCUGACUUGAAUCCAAUUGAAAAUCUAUGAAAAGAACUGAAGAUCAGAGUUCAUAGAAGAGGCCUAGGGAACUUUCAAGAUUUGAAGACUGUUUGUGUGGAAGAAUGGGCCAAACUCACACCUGAGCAAUGCAUACGACUAGUUUCUCCAUACAGGAAGCGUCUUGAAGCUGUCAUUACCUACAAAGGCUUUUGUACAAAGUAUUAAAUAAAUAUCUGUAAGCGUGUUCAAUACUUUUUUCCUGUGUCAUUUCACAUUAUUAAACAUAACUUAAUUUCUGAACUAAUUUGUUUGGGUUUCUUUGUAUGUUUGGAUUACCUGGGUUGUUACCAACAUCUGGUGAAAAUGUCAUGUCAAUAGCACCUUUGGAAAUAUAUUUACUGAGAAAAAUGGUGACGUGUUCAAUACUUAUUUUACCCGCUGUACAUGCUUGUGUUCAUGCAUACACUUAGUGUUCUUCCCAUGUCUGCAUAAAGUCAGCUCCAUCAGUUAGAGAUGCAUAGUUGCCUCAGACAACAUGACUUUAACAUCUAUUAUUUAGCUCCAUUUUAUUGGGUUUUUUGUACGAUUAGGCUGUUUUUUUUAUAGUUUCACAUGAAUACGUUUAUUUCCAUAUGUAAGUUUACAAGUGAAGUUUUGUUUUUGGACUUAAUAUGCUUUGUACUUAAAAUGCCUUAAUAUUUUAUGUUUUAAAUUAAACAAUGGGAAAUUCAAUAAAAGCAAUACAUUUUAAUCUGUAUUAAUUUAUCUGCUAGAAAAAUAGUUUAGAGGUAGAUUGGAAUGGAGAUGCGCACACUAGAAGGCUAGAUGACUAAUCAGUCAUUCAUAACAGUGAGCAGUUCCACUGAUAACUGAAUCACCUAAAACUCUAUACACUAUUUAGAAAAUGUUAAUAUGUGUAUGGUUUGUAUAUCAAAUUAAUGUAAUAAUAUUAAAGUAAACUGAUCCUAGCGCUCUAUAGUGUAUGUUCUGAAAGUGUAGCAUUGUCCAAGUCAAAUGUAAUAGUGAAAUGUAACAAGAACUAACUCUUGAGGUGCUAAACCAUAGUGUUGAUCUUGCCAUGGGAAAUAAAUAAUAUUUAUAUGAUACAUAAA